GGCCCCGAGUGGGUGGGAUUUCCUGCGCGGAGAGGUCAGCUGUUCUCCCUCCCUGCCUGCCUGCCUGCCUCUCUUCUCUCCCUCCCCCCGCUCUCUGCCUCCUUCCCUCUCUUCUCCUCCUUCUCCUUCUCCUUCUCCUCAUCCUCCUCCUCCUCCUCCUCCUCCUCCUCUCCCCCUUGCCCCCCAUAUUCCCCUAUCUUCUCUGCCUCGCGUGGGGCCCACCCUCUGCCUCCUGGCGCUCGCCUCCUAGGGAUGUGGGAGCUACAGGAUGCCCGGCAGCAUCGCGAAGGGCUGGAAACCCACCAAGUACAUCCCGGUCUCCACGGCGGCCGCCUUGCUCGUGGGCUCCACCACCCUCUUCUUCGUCUUCACGUGUCCCUGGUUGACAAGAGCCGUCUCCCCAGCUAUUCCCCUGUACAAUGGGAUUGUGUUCCUGUUUGUGCUUGCAAACUUCAGCAUGGCAACAUUCAUGGACCCUGGAGUUUUUCCACGAGCAGAUGAAGACGAGGAUAAAGAUGAUGAUUUCCGAGCUCCACUCUACAAGAAUGUGGAAAUUAAAGGAAUCCAAGUACGGAUGAAAUGGUGCGCCACCUGCCAUUUCUACCGGCCUCCGCGCUGCUCCCACUGCAGUGUCUGCGACAACUGCGUCGAGGAUUUUGACCAUCAUUGCCCGUGGGUGAAUAACUGCAUAGGACGGAGAAACUACCGGUAUUUCUUCCUUUUCUUGGUAUCCCUGAGUGCCCACAUGGUUGGGGUGUUUACCUUUGGGCUCAUCUUCAUUUUGCACCAUGCCGAAAAGCUGGGAGCCGUGCAUACUGCCAUCACCAUGGCAGUCAUGUGUGUGGCUGGGUUAUUCUUCAUCCCCGUCAUUGGUCUCACAGGUUUUCAUAUUGUUUUAGUAGCCAGAGGACGCACCACCAAUGAACAGGUGACUGGGAAGUUCCGUGGGGGAGUAAAUCCUUUCACGCGAGGAUGCUGUGGCAAUGUAGAACACGUUCUCUGCAGCCCUUUGGCACCAAGGUACAUUGUUGAGCCAAAGAAGAAGCAGCCUGUAACGGUUAAGCCACCUUUCCUGAGACCAGAUACAGCAGAGCGACAGGUCACAGUGAAGAUCAGCGACAAUGGUAUCCAAGCUAAUCUCAAUCGAAGUAAGUCUAAAGUUAGCCUGGAAGGGCUGGAAGAGAAAGCCAUGGAUAUCCAACCUCCUCUCCCACCCAAAGGAGAUUCUAGCAAAUACAGUGAGCUGGGCAGCAGUGAAGAGAGUGGCCUUUCCCCCAAAGUCAUCAGCCCUCCCACACCAGCGAUGUAUAAGUAUCGCCCAGGUUUCAGCAACAACCCAAAAGUCCACUACCAUGGAGCAGCUGAGCAAGUCCCACAGGAUCCCCUGACCUCUUUUUAUACUUUUUGGGAAUGUACCUCCCAGAAGCUGGUUGGUGGAUUCUGGGAGCUCCAGUCCGAUGAGAUCUCCAUCCAAGAAGGACACAAGCAAGGCUCUGUCAUAGAAGAGAAUGACAGUAGCUUGGAUUACCAGUCGGAACCCAGCCUUGAUAUUCCCACCUACCGGAAAAGUUCCCUUCACAAGACGUACCAGUCUUCUCCACUGCAGAUAGACUCCUUUGCUGUCAAUUCACGGUCUCUGAGCCUGAAAUCUGCCAGCAGGAGGGGAACAGACAAGAUGCCCCUCCACACCCUGAAGUCUGAAGGAACGGCUUCCACACCUUACAAAAGCAUCUUUUCCCCCCACUCUCUCUCAAACAGGAAUGGGAGCCUGUCCUAUGACAGCUUGCUCAACCCCAUGUCCCCUUCCGGGAGGAGGUGCGUGGCCCAUUCCGCCAUGGGCUCUGUGGGCUACCACUCGCCAUAUUUGUCUGCCAAAAUGUGCCACCUGCGGGGCAGAGAGCUUCAACGCCCUCCUCCACAGAGUUUCAGUCCUGUGCUGGGCAGCCCAGCCCCACAUCCACGGGACCCUUCCCCAGUCCGUUAUGACAACCUGUCAAAAACAAUUAUGGCAUCUAUUCAGGAGAGGAAAGAAAUUGAGGAGCGGGAGAAGCUCCUUCUCUCACACCCAGACUCUGUGUUUGCAGACUCGGGUGUAUAUGACACUCCAAGUUCUUAUAGCCUUCAGCAAGUGAGCAUGCUGUCGGAAGAUCCCCGUAGCAUCGCCAUGAGAUAUGGCUCAAGGGACAAUCUUAUGUCUGCCGCCAGCUUUAGCAUGAGGAACCCUGUCCUGCAGGCCUCUGUUUCUUCUCUCUCGAGUGCAAUGACCAGGGCAUCAAGGACUUCCACACCGUCCAUCCAAGCAGAUCUAGCCAAUAACAAUGUCCAGGCCCAUCAGGCACUGCAGGGCAGGAUGAGCAACGGCGCUUACAAAUCUCCCAGCCACCAAGUCCCAUCGUCCCCGAGUGGGAUGACUCGGUCACCUUCAUAUGGAGGCCCCAAAACUGUCUCGUUUGUUAAUACCAUGGAGAUAACGGAGGCACAGCCUAUGGGAACUCCAAGGGAAGACAUCCAGUUGAAGGCACCUCACAGUAAAAUUAAUGGACAGCCCAAAGGGAUUUCCCGAGUGGAAUGCCGGCUGGGCUCCACGUCGAGCUCCCAGGGUGCCCCCGUCAGUCCCGCUCGACACGCAAAUGUUAAGAAAGUGUCCGGAGUGGGUGGAACCACAUACGAAAUUUCAGUAUAAGAAAAUCCAUCGACUUAAGAGCCAUCCGCAAACCCAGCCGCCAAAGCUAGGUGCACUGUGAAGAUUCAGAGAAUAAGGCCAAUGAGAAGACAAGCUGAUGGCGUCCUUUCUAUAUUGUUUCAUGGUGGUUGGGACAUUCCCCCGCCCUACCCUUCGUCUUUUAAAGACUAACACUCUUGGAGUUUCUUUCUCUCUUUGUUUCUUUGGCCCAAACCAGCUGCAGCCUUAUUCUUCGAGGAAUCGACUUUGUACAGCUCUUUUGAGACUCUCUGGAACGGACAGAAGGGGACUGGCCACGCUGUCUGCUGAACCACGGCAUCACCAAUGUUUGGACAUCGAUUUAGAUUUUGUGAAAGAGAAUGGGAAAAGUCGCCGUGUGUUUGUCUCUGUCCGCCGAAGCCUGCCGUGUCGAUGUUGACGUGCUGUGGUCAAAAUGACAGCUUGUCCAGACUUUAAGCGUUUCCCCUUAAACCCUCGAGGUUUGGUGGCCAAUCAUAAUGAAGAUUUUUCUUUUUCCAGCCCAUCAUGAUAAAAGAUCAGAUCACUUGGAGGAAGUCCAUUACCCAGCCUUUUGUAGAUGCUGCCCACCCCCCUUUUCCAGAGCAGUGUCUGAUCCAUUUCAAAUGUGGAAGGAGAAUCCCAUACACACUCCUUUGUGCAUAGACAUCUCUUUCUUCUGUUGGAAUGAAUGGAGAAGUCCGCAUAUAUAGGAAGGUCAAAGAGUAUAGUAUGUGUCAAAGAGAAUGCCAAAUAAUCCCUCUUCAGAUAAAAGAAACCAGUGAGCCUUUGAAAUGUUGUCCGUUCUUUUAGAGAUCAUUCUACGGGCAAUGGAAGGAAAAGAGUCUGAUUUUGCAAUUGUUAUUCCUUGCCGUUUGUAUAAAAGUACGCACACAACAGGAGUUUGUCCUAUGCCGUGAGAGUUGUCACACAGUUAAGGAACGUCUGUUUCACCUUGGACUGAUUGAGAUGGUUUUUUAAAAGCCUACUGUGCUCAAAAAAGGGGGAGGCGACUCAAUAUUCAGAUGGUAUUAUUAUUAUUAUUAUUAUUAUUAUUAUUAUUACGAAUUACCCUCCUUCCUUCUCGUCUGCUAUUGGAGAUGGGCUGAAAAGUGGUGUAUCAUCUUGCACUGGCGCAAUGUGUAUAAUCGCAACGUAAAGUAUUCUGAUCUGUUGAAAUCUACAGUGUGUGUGUGUGUGCAAAUGUGCGUGAGUGUCAGAUUGUGUGCGUGAUUGCCAAGCGCAGGCUUGUAGGAGAUCUGUGUCGCUGCCUGCCUGACUUGCAGUGAGUUUUCUGUGAGCCCUCAAUAUUAUGAGACAGCUAUGUUCCAAUGCUUGUGUUCACUCUUUAUCUAAUUCGCUUUGUGAGAAUCUGAAGGCAAACAUCCCCAAGCAAGUGGUUUACAAAAUUUCUAAAAUGUAUAUUCUCCUAGACAUGGGGAGGUUUGGUUUUUCUCCCCUCUUGAUGGAUACAAAUGCGAAUGCUUUGGCAGAGCAGGUCAAGAAAAGUAAGAGAUAAAAGUAUAGCAUCUAGGCACUUGAUCCUUAACAUGAUUGCCUUAAAAAUGUCUUUGUACAUAUGAUCGACUUCUUUGUGUAAAUUGCCCUCCCAAUGCAAUUUGAAAAGUGACAUUUCAAGGUAUCCGAAUGCCUAGUGUUUAAUUUUGUCACAAUUUCAUUUUAGCCCAUAUCCAUUGCCGCAAGAUGUGAGCUGGUGUGUGUACGUGUGUGCUUUUUCAGAAAUGUUAUUGAGUGCUGGAGGCUGAUUUGGAUUGAAACUUCAGUGUUGGAGGCCACUUGAUUCUGCAGUUAAGAGCAGUCAUUCCUCAGGGGUUCCUAUUUACUCUCGGAAGGAAACAAACAUCGAACUGCGGGGUAAAUGUCAGCUGGAGGAGUCAAGUAAUCAGAUAAAUACAGGGUGAAAGUUGAACUUCUUCCCUUAGCAGAGAGGUUUAGUAAAGUUGCAUUCUAAUGUUCAGUGUGAUCCCCUUUCCAGCCCCUUGGAAUCCCCUAGGUCCCCCCUCGGGGGUUGAGAAGGGCGGGGUAGAAAUGCGUGAAAUAGGUACUCAGGCUUGCUUCCUCAUAUUUUGAUGGCUCUCCGGCUAUUGCAUUGCUUUCACCUCAUUUCAAAAGGUUGAAACACCUCUUCUAAGUCUCAGUUACUGGCUGUAAAAAAAUCAAAGCUAAAAUAUGUGGUUACUUUAGGUCCUGUCCGCUUACCUUUGAGAAUUUCUCUGCAAUUGAAUUUGCCUCUUGGAUUGUUUUCUACCCCUGGUUUCAACUCAUAUUGUUGGUCAUUGACCACAGCCAGCUUCCUGCACUCACAGACUCAUAAAUUUGUGGAGUUGGAAGAGAUCCCAGAGGCCAUCCAGUCCAACUCCUUUCUUCCAUGCAGAAAAGGCACAAUCAAAGCACUCCUGACAGAUAGCCAUCCAGCCUCUGUUCAAAAGCCUCCAAAGAAGGAGUCUCCACCAGACUCCAAGGCAGAGAUGUCUACUGUUGAACAGCUCUUCUUAUAGUCAGGAAGUUCUUCAUAAGGUACAGGCGGAAUCUCUUUCCCUGUCAUUUGAACCUAUGGCUCCAUUGAGUCCUAGUCUCCAAGGCAGCAGAAAGGAAGCCUGCUCCCUCCUCCUUAUGACUUCCUUUCAGAUAUUGAAACAUGGCUCUCAUGUCUCCUCUCACUCUUCUCUUCUGCAGCUAAACAGAUACUGUACUCUUCUGGUGCAGCCCAAAAACCUAUUGGCUUUUUGAGCUGCUGCCAUUUUACCAUUUUCUCUUAGGCAAUCCCUCGUAGCUCGAGGAUGAUUGUCUUCCAGAUGUGGUGUCUUGGAGGUGGGUCUGUAGGUAGCUGUGGAGCCCUAUUCUUGAUCCGCAUGUUCUCCCGCAGUGAGGACAUUGUUUUCCAGAUGGAAGGUGGUCCCAGUCAGGGUUGGCUUGACGUGCCUUCCUCGUGGCACGUUUCUCCCUUUUGUCCUCCAUUCGUGCCUCUUCAAAUUCUACAGCACUGCUGGUCACAGCUGACCUCCAGCUAGAGCUCCCAAGUGCCAGGGUUUCCCAGUUCUCGGUGUCUAUGCUACAGUUUUUAAGGUUGGCUUUGAGCCCAUCUUUAAAUCUCUUUUCCUGUCCUCCAACAUUCCGUUUUCCAUUCUUGAGUUCAGAGUAGAGCAACUACUAUGGGAGAUGGUGAUCGGGCAUUCAGACAACAUGGCCGGUCAGGCGGAGUUAAUGGCGGAGGACCAUCGCUUUAAUGCUGGUAGCCUUUGCUUCUUCCAGCAUGCUGACAUUUGUCCAUCUGUCUUCCCGAGAGAUUUACAGGAUUUUUUUGGAGGCAACGCUGAUAGAAUCAUUCUAGGAGUUGCAUGUGACGUCUGUAGAUAGUCCAUGUUUCGCAGGCAUAUGGUUUAUAAAGCUAUUGGGAGGUCAAUAGCUUUAUAAACAAGCACCUUGGUAUCCCUACGGAUGUCCCGGUCCUCAAACACUCUGUGCUUCAUUCGGAAAAAUGCUGCAGAGCUCAGGCGGUGUUAUAUUUAGGUGUCAAUGUUGACUUUUGUGGAGAGGUGGUUGCUAAGGUAGUGGAAACGGUUAACAUUUUCUAAUGUUACACCAUUAAGCUGUAUUUCUGGCAUUGGAGAGGGAUUGGCUGGUGACUGCUGGAAGAGCACUUUUCUCAAUGUUCAAUGAGAGGCCGAGCUUCUCAUAUGCUUCUGCAAAGGUGUUUAAGAGUGGCCUGUAGGUCUUCUUCUGAGUGCGCACAGACGACAUUGUCAUCAGCAUAUUGGAUUGUUGUGACCUUGGUUUUGGCUUUCAGUCUGCUGAGGUUAAAUAGCUUGCCAUCUGUCCAGUAGAUGAUUCCCACUCCGUACUGUACCAUUGACUUUUUGAGCUGCUGCAUCCCAUUGUUGGCUCAUGUUCAACUUGUUGUCCACUAAGACUCCAAUAUUUUUUUCACAUGUGACUUUGUUGUCGAGCCAGACAUCGCCCACUUUGUAUCUGUGCAUUUUGAUUUUUUUCUCUCUUAGUAUCUUACAUUUCUCGUACAGUGUUAUCUCGGUAGAGGAUCUUGGAUGAUCUGUGACUUGGAUGGAAUUCCACCCUUUCCUCCCCACCAUCCUAUAGAAAAUGCUUCCUCUGAAUUUUGAAUGUUGGGAGGAAGCCAAUGGCACAAACAGUCACUCUAGAAGAGGGAUUUCCCUCAGGGACACAGCAGGAGAACAGAUUAGAUGUCCCCUCCCAAGACUGGUUCUAUGUCCCAUUCAUGUUCAGAGUCCUGCUCAACUGAUCUCCUUUGCACUUUCAAAGACCUCCGCAGAUUAGAAGCAAAGAGUCAUUUAACACAGGCAUGGGGUUAAAAGAGCAUCCCUUUCCAUUUUCUUCAACUGUUUGCUCCCAAAUAUUUUGGUUUCCAGAGGAUUUUUAUGUAUGGAAAGAUCAUCGUAAGAGCUUAAAGAACACUUUUUUAAAUUGCAGGGGUUGUAAGGCUCUCUGUAGGAGCUCUUGAAGCUGUUUCAUGGCAAUGAUAGAAGACUUUAUAUGUUGAUGAUGAAGCAUCCCUUUCUGUCAUUGAUGUGUUUGCAGACUGGUACACGUGUGUGGUCUGAAUAAUGAUGGAGCAAGGAUUUUGGGGGAUGUGGUGCCACUGUGUACCAUUUCUAAUUGACUGUGGCCAUAUAAUUCAAUUUGAAACUGGAGUAGAACUGUCAAAUCAGGGGCAUUAAAGGAACCCCCGAUGGGUUAAACCCUUGUGCUGGCAGGACUACUGACUGAAAGGUUGGAGGUUUGAAUCUAGGGAACAGGGUGAGCUCCUGUCUGUCAGCUCCAGCUUCUCAUGCAGGGACAUGAGAAAAGCCUCCCACAGGAUGGUAGAACAUCUGGGCGCCCCCCGACAACGUCCUUGCAGACGGCCCAUUCUCUCACACCAUAAGCGACUUGCGCUCCUGAGACGAAAAAAGUGGCAUUAAUUAAGACUUUGGCAAUUCAUUCAAUACAUCUCUUCUUGUUGAGACUAGCAAUUGGAUUUAAGAUGGUGAAAACUAGUGCCUUUUUCGCAGUAAGGGUCACAGCCAUGUGGUUGGGCAGCUUGAUCCUAAAGGCAUCUGGAUGAAAGACCACCAGCAAAAUCUUCAGUGUUUUCAUUAAUUCUAAUCAGGCCCAAACCAUUGGUGUUGCUAGUAUGAUCAUAGCAUUUCGUCCCACACAAAGAGAUUUUCAAAGUUCGCUGUGGUUCUUAUUGGCUGCCUCUCCAAUUUUUGUGCUUUGAAACCAAACAAAGCAGCGACAACAAGGAAUCCCCCAGGCCUGGCAUCUCCAACAGUGACACGUUUCAUGAGUUAGAAGCUUUCCUGAUCCAGAUCCAGCUCCUGCUCUGCAGGAGUAUUGAUUGAUGUUCAGAGAACAAACCAUAGGAUUCCAAUCUUGCUUUGCUUUGGUUACUCAUUUGCUUCCAAUUUAACACGAUAAUAUUGGCCUUCAAAAACUCCUAAAUGGCUUCAGCAAGUUAAUUCAGACACAGCCUGCUCCAAAAUGGAACGGCCUGGCCUUGGGAAUUGGUGACAAGGGUUUUUUUUGGCUGCGAGAUCAGACAAGUGGGCAGGAAAGAACCACCUUGGAGGUGUUACCAGUCUUCCUUUUUAUUUUGUAGCAUGAUGAAUAGUAAAUGGGGAAUGUUGGAGGAACGUGAGCUUUUCAUUAGAGCAACCGCUGUUUUCCUGAUGUGUUCCCUGGGGUUUGAUCUCUGUUGCCUUUGGUUUUCCACCUGUUGUUGCUUGUUACUGCUUUUGACAGAGGCGUUAGUUUCUGUUUGGUUUUCUCAUUUCUGACAAGGCGUUUUAGCUGUUGCAUAGCAUGGACUAUACUGGCUGCAGAAUGAUAGGAGCUAGAGUUCACAAAGGUACCUCUUCUCCAUUCUCUGAUAAACUGGUACAAAUCUAUACCCGCCAAUGUGGGGCCCAUCUACACUGCCAUAUAAGGCAGUUUGAACUGCAUUAUAAUGGUCAUUGUAGACUCAUAUGAUGCAGACAGAACUACAUUGAACUGGAUUAUAUGAGUCUAAACUGCCAUAUAAUCCAGUUCAAUACAUUCUGAAACUGCAUUAAAUGGCAUUGUAGAUGGGGCAUUAGAAGCAAGACUCAACAAAUUCAGAGAUUUAGGCAGAGAUUUAGUGUGUAUUAUGGGAGUGGGGAACUUUCCCACUUAUCUUGGGCCCCAUCUACAGUGCCAUAUAAUGUAGAUAGAAACUGCAUUAUAUGGUCAGUGUAGACUCAUAUAAUGCAGUUCACUGAAGUUAAACUGCAUUAUAUGAGUCUACAAACUUUAGUAUUUCACAAUAUUGGCCCUCAUAUAAUUUGGCAGGAAUGAAUCAAUCUAUUUCUUGCUCACGCCACUUCCACAUAUCACUAAACAUAUUUUCUUUCCAAAUACUCAUUAGCAUUUUGACCCUUUCCUUUUUUCUGGAGCCGAGAGUUACACCAUAACAUUCCGAGAGGGGCAACAUCUGACAGACAAUGUAAUCCCAUUCAGAACGUUCCUCAGGCCAGCAGUAGUAGGAAAGCUUUAUUUCAGAGUCGAUUACAGUGCAAUUCCCUAUGCAUCAUUACAACUAUCACUUUCCCAGUGCUGGAGCUUAGAGGAUUUUUUAACACAAUGUGGUGUGGGAGCCAUCAUCAAGCAGUGGUUUGAGUGGUUGUAAUCCUGCUCUGCUGUGGAACCCUACUAAGUGACUAGGGCAAGCUAUCCUCAACACCGUUUGAAGGAAUUUAGCCAAGAAACCCCUAUAUUAGAGUUGAACCAAGGUCAUCAUAUGUCGGAAAUGACUUGAAGGCACACAACGACAGAACAAAUCCAUACGUAAGCAAAUGAAUGUCUGGGCAAAGGGUCUGCACAGAGAGAGGGGCAAGAAAGACAACAGCCAUUUCACUCACCCAUAUGCCACUUUUUUGCUUCAGUUGUGAAUCAAAGGAACUGAAUGGCAGGCUGCCUUCAUUAGCUUCCUAGGGAAGUAUGAAGAAAUAUCUGUCAGAUGGUAGUAGCACAUGGAAGGUAAAGACACAGCUGUAGUCGGCUAACUUUGCAUGCUGUCUACUAGUAAAGUGUACAUUCUUUAAUGCUCAAAACAUAGAAAAAAACAACAUUUCCCCCUCAAUGAGAUAGGAAGAGAAAAGGGAAAGUAGCAUCCGGGUUUUUUAAAUUACCUGAUCACACCUCCACCCUCUAUAAAACAUGUUAUUUGCAUGUGGGGUGGAGAGAGGAUUUCAAAAGCAUUUGUUGCUGACUUUAAUUAGCUGUCCUGCCAGUGAGAAAGAGGACAAAACCUGGACGUAUUGGGAAGGUGUAUAAUGAGGUUAAGACAAGUCCAUGCACAGACAAAUGCCAAACAAUUGCAUGUUAAAUCCAGACAUGAGACUCCUCUGGGAUGGGAAGAUAUAUUUCAUAUUAAUAGGCUUAUGGCAGUGCCAGGUUUUAUUCCUCUUCUUCGUUGAGGUUUGCAUUUCAAUGGCCUGAAUAGCCUAGAGACAGCCGUAAAUUAUUCAAAUCUUCCUGGAAAUCAGCAUCUGCAGAUUAGCAUAACCCGAAAAUUACUACAGCUGUACCUGGCUUUGGCCUAUUUCUGUCUAAUGUCCUGAUUUUAAAUGCAUUGUCUUGUGAGCUAAAAACAAAGAGUUCAGUACAUCUCGGCAACUGUUAUUCGGUCGGCGUGUCAGUUUGCAACCCAGAGAGUUCUCUUUGUUUUUUUUUUUUUAAAUUGCCACUGCAAUGGGGGAAUUGCAGUAGCAAGAAAAACGAUAAGUCCAGAGGGGCACAGACAAGAACAGGCAUCCAUGUCCCUUCUCCCAAGCCAGUUCUAGGUUGAAAGUUAAGGAAUUUUGUGGUUGCAAUCCGAUACCUUUCGUCAGACCCUACACUCUAGAUCACUCGUGAGCAAGAGGUUCAGGGCAUGCUGUGUGAUGGGAAAACAUAGUUUCUUAAAACAAUUGCAGACGGAUACGGAAAUAGGAUGGGUACCUUUCACCCCAUCUGAACAAGGCAAUUGGGCUUUGGUUUGGUUAAGCUUGUCCCAGCCAAGUUGUUCUGAAGAUUGGGAUGAUUUGAUUAACCUGGUACCAGUUUGUGCCAUUGAAAACUGACAAUAACAUGGGGAAUUUAGGAACGGAAGGAACAAGAAUGGAAGAGGAUCAAAUGAAUUGCUGCUCCUCUUUUCCUCAUUCUCCUCUUACUGGCCACUUUUCAGAUAGUGGCUGGAGGAAGGGGUAUCCAGCAAUGCAAACAUCCAUAUACAGUUCUCAUACAUACACAAUUGCCCUCUGGAUAGCUGACUUGACAUCGCUUUCCAAACUGAGUGUUGCGACACGGUGUGUCAGCUGCAGUGUGUAGGUGUGUCACGUGAACGUAACAAGAAACGACAACUAUCUUAGAAAUGUAUGUUAUCUAAAAAAAUAUAUAUUUUAAAAAUGAAAGAUUUACAUGAAAUGUGUUGUGUCCCCAUACAUUUCAUGAUAACAGUUUAUGUAUGUGUCCAUAUCUCUUCUAAGGAAUUGGUUUAACCUCCAGUUUGCCAGUAAAACUGAAUUACUGUGUCACAAAACGAUGCAUAUCUAAAAUAUGUCAAACGUUUGGAAAGCUUUGACAUAGAGACUUAAGGAAGCAGUCCAAUUCAAGCACAAACAAUUCCCUUUCCCAUUUCUGAACCCUGUACUCACAGGAGGUUGGAAUUAGGGUUGUGCAUUCAGGGUAAACCUUGAUCCGUUUCGUGUCCUGGGUUUCAGUGGGCACCUGAUCUGUUUUUUGGGAGCCUCCCAAAAUUGAGAGGGCAGAUAUCUGUUUUUGCUCUUUGGUGCCAAAAGAUCCAUUUUCUAUUGGCCCAUUUGGGGGGGGGGGGAGCUUCCCACCCAGGCCCCCUUCCCGGCAUGCGCUUUAAGGAGGCUUCUUCUUACCUGUUGCUGUUUCUACUCUAGAGGAGGCAGUCGGCUGUAGACACUGGCAGGUACGGGCACUUCUGGGCCUACACGCCACACACGCACUCUCUCUCCAAGGAGAAUGUGUGUAGUGUGCAGGAGCGCCCGCACCUGCCAGUGCCUGCAGCCGAGUGCCUCUUACUCUAGAGUAAGAGGUGCUUGGCUGCAGGCACUGGCGGGCGGAGGCAAUCAUAGACCCCCCUCCACACACACACACACGCACUCUCCUUUGAAAGAGUGUGUGUGUGUGGCGCACAGGCCCAGAGCACCUGCGCCGCUAGUGCCUGCAGCCAAGCGCCUCUUACUCUGUGAUGCCGAAAAGCAGGCCAGGAGUCGGGACCCAUCCUGUCUGUUUUUGUGUUUUGAACAGAUUUUCAUACCAGGAGGGGCGUUCCUGUUCUGUGCUCCCAAAGAAACAAAAGGCACGAAAGAAGCAAAGGAAAUGGGAGAAACUAAUUCUGCGCACAACUCUAAUUGGAAUAAGUGACUCCCUUCCAAGUCUAUUGUGUCGUGAAAUAGGUCUUAAAAUACUCUUGGAUUCUAGUUUGAUCAAUGAAAUGAAGUUGCUUCUUGGGUAAGGCAGAACACAGUGUGCCCAAAGUGUCAUGUCUAUUGCCCCUCUUUAUUCCGCCAUCUUUGCAAAGGAUCUUUUCUUGUGAUCGAAGGCAGAUUGAGAACGUAACAGAAGAUCCAUAGCAGGUAAUCGUGUUUUGUCAUAGCAUUCUUGGUUUCUUGUGCUUUUCCUUUGCCGUCCAAUUUUAACAUUAAGCUGUGAAUGCUUGUGCUGAAAUCUCAUGUUCGGAAUAGCAGUCAUUCUGCAUUAUAGAUCCAAGUUCCCUGCUGCCGACUACGAAGACUGUCAUUUCAUUUCAUCUCUGGCAAACUGCAGUUUUAUACCUUGAAUUAGUGGUAUGGCUUUUUAAAAAAGAUGUCGAGAUUUCUGGUGUUACAAUGAUUUUAUAUUUGCAACAAGCAAAAGGAGAAGAGGGGUUCAUUUUGGUUGAUGUUUAUUUUUUUAACUUAAAGCCUUAACAUUUUACUUCUUUGUCGGAAUUAGCAAUGGAGAGGGACGAUGUCAAGCGACACCACCUGCUAUAUUUCUGCUCAGGUUUAAUACCAGCAUGAACUCUUGCAGGCUUCAAAAACCUGUCAGCGAAGACAAAGAGAAGGGCUUUUGCGGUGAUAAGGGAGGGAAAUCAGAGCAUUCCUUCGGGAAGUAUAUUUUUUACAGGAAGGGCUGACAAAGGAUCAGCAAGAUUUCCAGAGGUUUCAAAGAGAUUCCCAAGGCCUUUAUUAUUUUGUAUAUAUAAAAAUAAAUUAAGUAAUCUUUCUUUCAGUAGAUAACCUCAAGUGUAAAACAAUAUAAAAACUAUGCAGAUGUAUGCUUUAAUGUCGAAAACUCAAUAUGCAGCAAAGUUGGCUUGCUGAGAAAGCAAACCCAAUGUCAUGUAUAUAUUUGCCCAGGUUUAAUGUAUUCUUGGGUCUGUAUGGGAGCUUCUCUACGUGAGGACCACAUGCCUUUAGGGUGAACCUAAGGGUGGCUGCUACAGUAUUUGGAUGGGUCAACACCUGAACCUAAAGAUAGAGACCGAACGGGUUGAAAGAUCAGAGGCAAUGUUGCUAUCAAGUGCACGGUUUGAGGACCUUGUCGUGGAGGUAUCUUUAACAGUCUGUAGUUCACCUGUUCCACUAUCUUGAAUUUUUGGAAUGUAUUUGUGCAGGCUUUGUGGAGCUCCAUCUGUAAUUCUCAUUUCUGUGGCUCUCAAUACAUAUGUAUAUAUUUUUCA